GUUCUGUACAGUAUCUACAGUUUCGAAAAUUGCAUCCGUGCAGGUUCUAUAGUGUAGCGGUUAUCACUCCGGAUUCUGAUCUGAUCAGGACAUUCCGGCAACCCCGGUUCGAUUCCGGGUAGGACCUCUCAUUUUGAGCUCGAUGCGACAUGCAAAUUUCACCCACAACCACCAUAUCGAACCUUUGUUUUUUUCUUUUUUGGCCAUGCUUCAUUUUCCCAGGUGUGAACUACCGCAUCAUCGAGCUCCAACUCCGUCGAUACCGGCGCGUACGCAAGCGCAUUUUGCCCCCCGAAACGCUCGAUAAGCCAUUUCUGCUGAGCCCUCUGGUUGCCCUGCCAGCUUUGGGGGACCCAGUAGCCAGAAUCGUCGAGCGACGUGCUCCAAAACAGAUCGAUCGAAUUCAAUGGAAGCUCGGUGGACUCGCGGUACUUCCACGCCUUCGGGACGGCCAGGUGGUACACCACAGAAAUGUUGUAGUCAAUGAGUACGGCCCGUUGGACGACCCGUGGCCGGCCCUUCCCGAGCAGCGGGUCCUCCGCCUCCGGCUCGAGCUUCAGCAUGAUGUUGCGGGGCAGCAAGUCGCGCUGGUCUAUCCCGGAAUGCUCUAGGCUCGCAUCACCGUCGAGAAUGCGCGCCAAGACGUCAAGACGGUGUUUCUCG